AAAAGAUUCAGAAAAUUAAAAUUCUGAUCAGUUGUUGAUGUUUCCUGGAAAGCGGUCUCCAAGUUUUACCAGGAGAAAAAAUUGCGAAUAAAGUGGUAAUCCGAUUCUUUCCUUGGGCGACUUGAAAAGUCGAAAUUGCAACAGUAAGUCAACUAGUAAAUUUCCUAUGAUCCAAACAGAAAUUUGGGUUGCAGAAGAUUUAACUGGCACUAAAUUUUCAGUGGGUUUUUUGAGAAUUACGAAAGAAAGCGGGGUGCGACGCUUGUAAAUUUCGACAAAACCAGCCUCACAAGUUUUCUUUUGGCUCUGCUCUCUUUUGCUUGCGCAGUCGACAUUGAUCGUCGUGUUCCUCGCCGAAAAGACACAUCACCUGUUACAAUUAUCCAGACAAAACAUCAGCUAAAAAUUUCUCUCCCUUCAAUCUGCGUUGAAAAUGGCAGGUCAGGGAACAUGGCAACCGAAAGAGGAAGGUUUAAGGGAGAUAUGCGGAGUGUUGGAACUGCACAUUUCGCCUACGUCUGAUAAGCCUCGUAUUUGGCAACAACUUCAGCAUUACAGCCAAUUCCCCGAUUUCAACAACUACCUCGUUUUUAUCUUUGCUCAUGCCCAGGGUGCAUCUGUUGAAAUUCGACAGGCGGCUGGUUUACUUCUGAAAAAUAAUUUGCGAAGUGCUUUCAAAUUGCUAGAUCCUGCAUAUCAGCAAUGUAUAAAGUCACAGUUGUUACCAUGUUUAGGGGAAGCAAAAAGGGACAUAAGGAAUACGGUUGGGACAAUUAUCAGUGUUAUUGUCCAGCAAGAACGGAUUCUUGGCUGGCCAGAGCUGUUGCAAGUACUUGUACGGUGCUUGGACAGUAAUGACAUCAACCAUAUGGAAGGUGCCUUGGAUACUUUAUCGAAGAUCUGUGAAGACAUACCACAUGAGCUUGAUUUAGAUGUACCUGGUUUAUCUGAAAGACCCAUUGAUGUAUUUCUACCUAGAUUACUACAGUUUUUCCAGUCACCGCAUGCCUCUCUAAGGAAGCUUUCUCUUGGAUCAGUAAAUCAGUUCAUUAUGCUGAUGCCUACUGCUUUAUAUCUGUCCAUGGAUCAGUACCUCCAGGGUCUAUUUGUCCUUUCUCACGAUCCAGUUGCGGAGGUCAGAAAAUUGGUUUGUGCAGCCCUUGUUCAGCUCAUUGAAGUUAAUCCUUCUUUCUUGGAGCCACAUUUGAAGAAUGUGAUUGAAUUUAUGUUGCAAGCCAACAACGAUGCUGAUAAUGAGGUUGCUCUUGAAGCUUGUGAAUUCUGGUCAGAAUACUGUGAAGCACAGUUAAACCCUCAGCUUUUAAGAGAGUUUUUACAACAGCUAAUUCCAGUUUUAUUGUCAAAUAUGGUUUAUGCUGAUGAUGAUGAAUCUCUUAUUGAUUCUGAGGAGGAUGAGUCUGUGCCAGAUAGAGAUCAGGUUUUCAGAGUUCUUUGGUCUUUUUCUUUGACUGACCUUAAGCCUCGUUUUCAUUCAUCGCGAUUUCAUGGAUCAGAAGAUAUGAAGGAUGAUGAUGAUGAUAGUUUAAGUAUUUGGAACUUGAGGAAAUGCAGUGCUGCUGGCCUUGAUGUCCUUUCAACUGUCUACGGAGAUGAGAUUCUUCCAACAUUAAUGCCUUUAGUUCAGGCAAAAUUAUCCACCUCAGAUGAUGGCAGCUGGAAGGAAAGAGAAGCUGCAGUCUUGGCUCUUGGUGCCAUAGCUGAGGGUUGCAUAAGAGGUCUUUAUCCUUAUAUAGCAGAGAUUGUAGAGUUUCUACUCCCUCUUCUUGAUAAUAAGUUUCCUUUGCUUAGGAGUAUAACCUGUUGGACACUCUCUCGCUUCAGCAAAUUUAUUGUUCAGGGUAUUGGCCAUAAAAAAGGUUAUGAACAAUUCAACAAAGUCCUUAUGGGUCUUUUACGUAGAAUUUUAGACACCAACAAGCGAGUGCAAGAGGCUGCAUGUUCAGCUUUUGCUACACUUGAAGAGGAGGCUGCUGAGGAGUUGACACCUCACUUAGAAAUCAUUCUUCAACACCUUUUAUGUGCUUAUGGAAGAUAUCAGAAAAGAAACCUUCGACUUGUUUAUGAUGCUAUUGGUACCUUAGCAGAGACUGUGGGAGGAGAGCUGAAUCAGCCCAGAUAUUUACAGAUUUUGAUGCCUCCAUUGAUUGCAAAGUGGCAGCAGCUUUCUGAUGCAGACAAAGACCUUUUCCCGCUACUAGAGUGCUUUACAUCUAUAGCACAGGCACUCGAAAAUGGAUUUUCCCAAUUUGCACAACCAAUUUUCCAAAGAUGCAUAAAGAUUAUCCAAUCACAGCAAUUGGCAAAGGUUGAUCCCUCAUCUGCUGGAAUGCAAUAUGAGAAAGAGUUUAUUGUGUGUUCUUUAGACUUGCUCUCUGGGCUUGCAGAAGGUCUUGGUAGUGGCAUCGAAAGCUUGGUUUCACAAAGCAAUUUGAGGGACCAACUUCUGCAAUGUUGUAUGGAUGAUUCUAUUGAUGUUCAACAAAGUGCUUUUGCCCUUUUUGGGGAUCUUGCAAGAGCAUGUCCAGCAUAUUUGCAUCCUUGUCUAUCUGAAUUUCUUAAUGUUGCAACCAAACAAAUGAGCACUCCUAAGCUAACAGAAUCCAUUUCAGUGGCUAACAAUGCUUGUUGGGCUAUUGGAGAAUUAGCAAUUAAGGUCGGUCAGGAAGUUUCUCCAUAUGUCAUGACUGUAGUCUCAAGCAUAGUUCCAAUUCUCCAACAUGCAGAGGGUGUCAACAAAUCACUUGUAGAAAAUAGUGCUAUCACUCUCGGUAGGCUUGCUUGGGUUUGUCCAGAGAUUGUUUCACCUCAUGUGGAGCAUUUCAUGCAAGAAUGGUGCACUGCUUUAUCCAUGAUACAUGAUGAUAUAGAGAAGGAAGAUGCCUUUCAUGGUCUCUGUGCAAUUGUUCGAACAAAUGUAUCUGGGGCUUUAAAUUCACUGGGCUAUAUAUGCAGAGCUAUUGCGAGUUGGCAUGUAAUGACGAGCGAGGACUUACACAAUGAAGUCUGCCAGAUCUUGCUUGGGUAUAAACAGAUUCUCAAAGAUGGAGGAUGGGAACAAUGUCUUUCCACACUGGAACCGCAAGUGAAAGAAAAAUUGUCAAACUAUGGGGUAUAAAAGUUACGAAGUCAUGAAUUGCUUACAUGGAGGAUUUGUGUUCUGACUUGUACGAGGUCCAAAAGCUUAAUUUUCGUUCUGGGUUUAUGUUGCAAACACUUUAACAGAAGUUCAAAACUGAUCAUCUCUUCGGGAGCAGGGUCAAGAAGUUGCGGUUUUGGAAGCACCCAACAUAACUCGUAGCAUGAUCCCUCAGGUCCAUCAGAUUUGGUUCAUACACUUUUUAGAUUUAUACCAUGGUUUCUUGGUAGGUUUUUAGCCCAAGUCAUCAUUAGAGAGUGAGAUAUAGGAAUUGUAAACAUCAUAGCCUGUAAGUUUGUUUGUAUGUUCGAUCCAUGCAUUCCUAAUCCUUGUUAAGUGUCAAAGUAUUUCUUCUUCAAAGAAUUGUUCACCUUGCUAAAUUAACGGAAUUUCAAAAAGCUGA